AUGGCAACGACAUCAGAAGUUCUGUCAGCGCUCCAAUUUGAAACAGCCAGUCCAUUUUUCAAGCCAAUGGAAUUAUCAUUCCCAUUGCCAAAGACGCCACAUACAAUCGUCCAUGUCCAUCUUACACCAAUGAAAACUUCAACCAUGGUAUUUCUAUCAACCACUACCCCCGGAGAUAGUGGCUCAACCAUGAAGCCUAUGGGUAGUUUUGUAUAUGCCAUGCCGGAUCGCACAAACCCCAAAUCAACCAUAUCAACAGUCCUGUGUAACUCGCCAGGUAGCAUAGACUACGCUACACGCACAGCCAAAGUGUUGGCUCUCAGGACGAAAUUGCCGGUAUAUGUGGGGUGUAACAUUGAUCCUGUGGCUACGGGAACGACAGUCGAAGAAGAAAUGGAAGGAUUUGCGAAGAUUAUUGAUGCGAUCAUGAAGAGAUGGGAGGAGGGUCGGUAG